AUGCAAUUCUUUUUGUGGAUGUUCCUCAAGAUGGGCUCGUUCAUUCUCGACUUAAUCCAGUCACCUGGCAUAACCCUUUGCAACGUUUUCUUCGCCGGCAUUCUAUGCUUAAUUUUAUAUCUUAUUAUAUACAUCAUCUACUACCGCUUUUUUCACCCUUUGGCUAAAUACCCAGGACCCUUCCUUGCUUCCAUUACAGACCUAUGGCAAGUGGCAGAGUUUCUCUCACUCAAGCAACCCUAUAAUUUGACCGCAUUGCACGAAAAGUAUGGGCAAUUCGUUCGCUAUGGUCCGGACAAGCUCAGCACAACGGCUGAAGACUCCAUCCCCAUCCUCUAUCAGAAAGGUGGGAGUAGGUUUCCCAAGACGGAAUUUUACGAUGCAUACGGCGCAGCUCAUCCAAACGUCUUUGGGAUACGUGAUGUAGCGCUUCACUCUAUCAGAAGGCGGCACAUGUCCCACAGUUUUUCUAUCUCCUCCGUCAAGAAGAUGGAAUGCUACCUCGACGAUAACAUUGCUAUUCUCAAACGCAAGAUUGCCGAUUACUGCGAUCGCGAUGAGCCCUUCGAUCUUGGAAAGCUACUGCACUAUUAUGUCAUUGAUGUUUUGGGAGAACUAGCCUUUAGUCAGUCAUUCGGUGUUCAGAUUGCGGACGACGAGUCGCUUGUCCCACCUGUUGUUGAACACAGUUUGCUUGCGGCUGCGACGGGCGCAUGGCCAGCGAUGACUUUCCGCCUUAAGCGGUGGCUGCCUCUUCUGCCUUCAAAAACCCUGAGGAAGCUUUUCGAGGGCCGAGCUGCUUGUGCGGCUUUGGCAGCCUCGUGUGUUCGUCGGCGUGUUGCUGCUCUGCGAGACAACGAAGAUAACAAAAGCGCGAUGGCUGACCAGCGGAGCGACAUCCUUACGAGCCUGAUUUUGGCGAAACAUCCUGAUACAAAAGAAAGAUUGACCCAGGCGGAUCUAGAGACUGAGGCGUUCGGAUUCAUCAUUGCUGGGACACACACAACUAGUGCGACCACAUCGCUUCUCUUCCACCAUCUAUUACAUGCACCAGAUAUUAUGGAAAGAUGUGUGGCGGAGAUUGAAACCCAGCUGCCUCCUCUGGGCGAAGAGCGGCCAGCUUACUCGGUCACGGAAGUCGAGGCGUCACUCCCGUACUUGCGACAAUGCAUCAAGGAGAACUUUCGCAUCACGCCAGUAUUUACUAUGCCACUCGCCCGUCGGAUUGUGGCCCCGGAGGGUGUGGUAAUAGACGGCGCACAUAUCCCGCAAGGUACCUCGGUUGCGGAGCCGCAGUCUCUUAGGAUACUUCAGGGCAAGCUGACUUAUGCGCAACUCGUACGCAGGGUAAAGGACUUGGAAACACAGCUCAACUGUGCGACCGCUGAGUCGGCAUACGACCCAUCUCCUGCAUCGACAGAUCCCGCUUCAAUCAUCGAGGAAACUCCUGUGGAUGCGCUUGCUACAAACGCGUCCGAGCUCCAAUCACGCUCUCUUUCGGACACUGUCGUCAGCAUUUGCGUACCAAUUACCGCGGAUAGACCGAUUACAUUACACUUCUGUGAAUUCGUCCGCGGAGGACGACACCUGCCCGGCCCUGGUAUCCUCUUCAGCUUCACCAAGAUCAACGAAAGAGACCGAGAAACGCCCUGA